UUUUUGCAGUUCUUUCUAUUGACAACAGGUGGGGCCCAGUGGCUCCUGAGUCAAUCAGGGCGGUAGAGGGGUGAAAGGGAAAACCACCAGACAAUACAAUGGGAAAACAGAAUGAACUGGCGAUGUUGCAUAAACCCAAGGCACCUACUGUGCCCGACUGCACUGUCUGGGUACUCACCCCUUUCCUGCUUCCUGUCUGGAAAUGCCCUUUCUCCCCCAGAACAGGCACAGACAACUCCUGCAUUCUCUCUCCUCUGUGGGGAGCCUGGCGGUUGUGGUCCCGGAGCUGCCCAUCAAUAGUGAUCGCCUGGGCGAUGAAGGUUUCCAGCAACAUGGAACUGCUUACGCACAGCAGCUCCAUUUGAAACCCCAUCCACAAUCCCUUGCGGAAGGCGGUCCUUAGAGCCGGGCUUAUUCCACCAGCUGGAUGCAGCCACCGACCGUAACGACAGGGCAUACUCUGAGGCCGUGCUGCUGCCCUGCCUCAGGCGCAAAAGCCACUUGCCUCCAUCCUGACCCUUUCGCAAGAUGGUUUAAAAACUGCUGGGAAUUGCGCCAUGAAUCUGGAAAGUCUAUCCUCUAGCUCCGGUGCCCGUCCAGGGGGACCGGACUCUCUGUCAUGGCUGCCCUGGCUCAUCCUGGGACAUGUGGUGAAAAACUCAAAUGGAAAAGUAAAAAAGGACGUAAAGAAAAAGUACCUUGAUGUGGACGGAUUAUUCUGUGAUUGUGCGAGUGAGACAAGCGUGUCAAGUGAGGCAAAAAGGGAAAGGAAAGGAAACAAAACAAACAAUGGUUCGUCCUCAGGGUGCGCUGCUGCCACACCACUCCUGCCGGAGGAGCGCCGGAGAGGAAGGGGAGCCGAGGUGCCACGUGGAGCAGACGUUGCACAAACAUGGAGUUAAAGCCGCUCCCCUCAAUUCCCCAGAAAUGCAUUCAUCUUUCUCUCCCGUCUGAACAUAAUAUGAUAAAAUAAUCCGUAGUUGGUCAGCUACACCUUACUUUGCCAUAAAAUGGAUUGGGUACUUGAUGUUGGUUAAUGGGCAGAAGAAGCGUGUAGUUGUGAGCAGUGCUUGAAUUCUACUAUUACUCAUCCCAAGGAAGUUUUCAACAGAUUAUUAGAAGAUAAAAUGACAUAUGUAAAAGUAUAUGCCAGUUGUACAAAUGUCUCGGUAUAGGCCAGGUGUUAGAAGAGAAACAUUUGUCCCAAUAAAACGGAAACAGCCAAGGAUAGGACAAACAUCCCAGAUAGAGCACAUACAUCUCGUCGUCAGCCCAUAAAAAUACAUAGACAAGGUGCAUAGCAAUCAUUAGCAUAGCCUACGAAAGAACUGUAAUAUAGAUAUACUAGAAACAGACAGAUCCUCGGAUAUAAAUUCAGUCCGUGAAACAAAAUCUUAUUUGACCUCUGGCUUAAUCGAUAGUCAAAAAGUGAGCUUUGCCAGAAAUGGUUUUGUUAGAUAAUAAUAAUAUGGGCUACUUUGUGGUUAAAUUACCUACACCAUUUCAAUACACACUACAGCUGAGCUAAUGGUGUAUGACAUCUAAGUCAGCAUCAGGAAUUAGCACUAGUUACCAACAACAACCAAUCAUCUAACUUGUAACUCCAUUCUUAAGUCUGAUUGUGGACAAAGACAAUCAUUUCAAUAUUGUUUAGUAGACUGACCUGAUGAGCAGCUCCUUACAAGCUGAAAAGGCAUUUGUCUUUAGUACGUCUUGUGACAAACAAAUUAUAUAUAUCCAAACAUUAUUUAAAAGGAAAAUCCAGUUUUUGACAACACUGUGCCUUUAAAUAAGAAUUGUCAACUGAUUUAACACAAAGAUUUAUUAAUAGAAAAUGAUAAGUCAAAAUACAUGAAUUGCGCCGCUGCGGGCCUGUAAAUAGUUGUUUUAACCCUUAAGUCUCCACAUCUAUUCGCCCAGAUCUAUGUCUCUCUAUCGGUUUUAUUCCUCUAGCCCCAGGGGCGGUUACUUUUCAUUCUCGUGAGUAAAAACCAUCCUUAUUGGCUCUUCGUUGGCAUGGUGACAUGUUGGACGAAUCACGUUCGUUUCUUCGCUGUCCAGUGAGGAAGGACAUGCUCUAAACUCUGCCCCCUUGGGGUCAUUUUCGGUUACAGAUCAACAGAUUCUUGCAUACAGAUGUGAAAUCAUUUACAAGGUUACAGGAAUUAACAUUCUAUUAUCCUAACCUAGUCUAGAACAUUAGGGGAUUGGAGACAGACGUUUUCUUCCUGCUGUAUAGGAGGUGGUUUCUUUUGCAUGUUAAGGGUUGGGGUUUAAUCCUAUCUCUCUCAAUAAGACAGGUGAAAAGUCAGAGUGAGUGAGAGUGAGUGUGAGACAAAAGGCUGUCUUGACCUAUUCUUCACAGAGACAAGGUGUGAGAAUUACAACAACAGUUUUAAACCUUGAUAGUUAUUGUAUUCAAUCAUAUUUUCCUAACCUGGCUGCAGCAUACAAUUUAAUAAAACAGAAACACAGAAAUACAUGGUUAUUAAAUCAGCAUUAUUUGAACUUUAUUUAUCUCAACACAAAACAGCAUGCCCUCCCACAUGCAAGCCUGCGCAUACAGACCCAAACCACAUAGCUUUUGUGAAUAAAGUUUCUGAGUAUAAGUGUUGGUUCUGAUGUGUGUCUCGGAAUUACCGUUAGCUAUUAUUUCUUUACCCAAUGUUAGUUUACUGAGAAUUCCUCACUCAGCAGUUUCUCUCAGUCACACCAGGCUUUGUUUCUCCAAAACCCUGUGGGGAAAAAAGUAUUUGGAAGGAUAUUGCGGGGGUGGAGUUGGGAAUUUUGUGGGAGUGGGGUGCCGAGAGGUUCAUCCUUCCCUUCCCCCUACACCAGCUCUUUUCGUCCUUUCCUCUCUCACACAUACACACAAAUCUGCUGUCCAUUGUAAGGAGCUUAUGUUUUUUCCCCUCACUAUAACCUCUCCCACAUUAUACAACACUACUGGAGUUAUGCAAAAGUACUUCAGUUUGAUAUCCACUCAACAGUAUUUGCCAGCCCCAGUAGGCCAGAGGUGGCUCAGAGUACACUUCUGUUCAGAAUUUGAGAAUUAAGGGCGGAAACAAUGAGUAGCCUGCAUGGGGUAACCUGGUUCGCCCUUUCGGUAUCCUUGGCCUUCCUUAUAGGCCCUCCAGGGGCUCUCGGGGGCAACAUCCUGGUCUUCCCCUUGGACGGCAGCCACUGGGUCAACAUGAACCUCCUAAUUGAAGGGCUCCAUACCAGGGGGCACCAAAUCACAGUGGUGCGUUCAUCCAGCAGCUGGUACAUCAAGGAGUCGGCUCCCCACUACCACUCUAUCUCCAUCACUGUGCCUGGAGGCAUGGACAUCGAAAAACAAGACUUCUUUUCCUCCUUACUUGUCAACAUGCUGAAGAUCCAGAGGGAAGGAGCAUCGCCGUUGGCUUUCAUGUCCUACUACUUGCACAUGCUGUCGGGUUUGUCGGUCAUGCACCGGCAAGCCAGCCAGUUUGUGGUGGAAAUGUUUGAGAACAAGGCUUUGAUGCAGAGCCUGCGGGAUAGCCGGUACGACGUGGUGCUCUUGGACCCGGGGCUGCCCAUCGGGGUCCUGGUCGCCCAUGAGCUUGGGUUGCCAACUGUGUUCAAUGUUCGCUGGAUCACCAGCGGAGAAGGGCAUUUUGUGGUGGCCCCCUCGCCGGUGUCCUAUGUUCCCACUUCUGGCUGCAUCACCUCAGACCAAAUGAUCUUCAGCCAGAGAGUUGGGAACAUGUUCAUGUACCUCCUCAAUAGGUUCAUGGCCAUCGAUAGGUUUGUGGUCAGCCCGCACUACGAUCGUCUAGUGGAUAGGUACUUUGAGCCAGGCAUUAAGUUUUACCACCUGCUGCAGGGGGCAGACUUCUGGCUCAUGCGAGUGGACUUUGUGUUCGAGUUCCCCCGACCCACCAUGCCCAACAUCGCUUACAUCGGAGGCUUUCAGUGUAAGCCCUCUGAACCCCUACCGACCGACCUUGAGGAGUUUGUCCAGAGCUCAGGGGAACACGGGUUCAUCCUGAUGUCACUGGGAACUCUGGUGAAAAACUUACCUGUGGAGAUCACAUCGGCGAUCGCCGCCGCCUUUGCCAAACUUCCCCAGAAGGUAAUCUGGAAGCACCUCGGCAAGCGACCCAAUGGCCUGGGCAACAACACACUGCUGGUCAAGUGGAUGCCCCAGAACGACCUCCUGGGCCACGCCAAGGUUAGGGCUUUUGUGGCCCAUGGUGGCACCAAUGGCCUGUAUGAAGCCAUGUACCACGGGGUGCCAGUGGUGGGAUUACCACUGCUCUUUGACCAGUUUGAGAAUUUUUUACGACUGGAGGAGCGUGGGGCAGCCAAGGUGCUAGAUGUCACCAAGAUCUCCAGCCAGAGCUUCCUGGAGGCCAUACAGGAAGUCCUCCAUGAGCCCUCUUACAAGAGCAAUAUGGAGCGUCUCUCCAGGCUCCACCGAGACAAGCCCAUGCAUCCUCUGGACACUGCGUUUUUCUGGACUGAAUUUGUCAUGAGGCAUAAAGGAGCCGCACACCUGCGAACAGAGUCUUACAGGAUGCCCUGGUACUCCUAUCAUUCCCUAGAUGUGAUUGGAUUCCUAUUGACUGUUUUGUUUAUGGUCGUAGCCAUAACUCUGUGUUCAAUACGCUUUCUGUGCCUCAGACUAUGCAGGAACUAUAAAAACAAACAAGAGUAACAUUGGGCUCUUUAAUGUGGAAAUGUGUACAUGUGGCAUUAUAUUCUUUCUUGUGCUAAUAGUUGAUCUCAAAAAAUGUUUUAUAUUUUAUUUUGCUACAGAAAACAAUCACUUGCCAAUGAUUAGAAAGCAUUGUUAAAAAAAAGUGUCUAAAAAGCAUGUUGAAAAGGUUCCAAACCAAAUCAUAUUACAUGAUAAACCCAAUCUGAAUUCUGAAUUAAAAGAAAUGUGUUGUUGUAAA